GCCGCGGUGACGCGCAUCCGCACGCCGAGGACGGCGGUGCGCAGGCGCGGGCGAGGCAGUGGCGGCGGCGGUUGGCGCUUUGGUUGGAUGGUACUCACCAUGACCCAACAGGGUGCGGCGCUGCAGAACUACAACAACGAGUUGGUCAAGUGCAUCGAGGAGCUGUGUCAGAAGCGGGAGGAGCUGUGCCGUCAGAUCCAGCAGGAGGAAGAUGAGAAGCAGCGGCUGCAGAAUGAGGUGAGGCAGCUGACCGAGAAGCUGGCCCAAGUCAACGAGAACCUGGCGCGCAAGAUAGCCUCCCGCAACGAGUUUGACCGGACCAUUGCAGAGACGGAGGCUGCCUACCUCAAGAUCCUUGAGAGCUCGCAGACUCUGCUUAGUGUCCUCAAAAGGGAAGCUGGGAACCUGACUAAAGCCACAGCCUCAGACCAGAAGAGUACUGGAGGCAAGGACAGCUGACAAGUGCCUGUCUCAUCUGUGGCUCAUGGCAGCCCAGUCCCAGCAUGUCUGUUGUAAAGUGUUCUUUGUGGCCUCAGAUGCUUAGGUCUUAGGUGCCCAGAGGGGCAGCUACUGACCUCCACCCACCUUGGAUUAUAAGAAAAGCCUUAGGCACAGCUAACCUGGGGGCAGAGUUCCUGGGUCUGUUCUCACUUGUGCUGUGGGGACACUGGGCUCCAGGUCAGCUCUACAAGGGGCCUCUCUCUGAAGUUCCUGUAUUCCUUUGGGCUGACAAGGAGGUCCUGGGUCUGGCCCUAGAACUGUGGGAGCCCCUCACUCUGUCUCCUUAGCCAAUGGGGGCCCAGGCCAGGCAGAUGGAGGAGAGGACUUCCACUCCAGAACCCAAACCAUAGGGCUCACCCUCAUGGCCUCUGAUUGUUGUCAAUAAAGGUUGUCUUUGCAAAGA